AGGUCUCAUAAUUCAAAAUCCGUCAAAAAGAAGAGAAUAUUGAAUUCAAAUUUUGAAGAAAAACAAAAGAUUCAAAAACCCUUUUUUUGUGUUGCUAUUUGCAUCCAAUAAUCAAUUUUGUUGAAGAAUCACUUUCCAGUGAACGUUGAUUCUUAUAAAAAAAAAAAAGCGCUUUUGAAGAAGAAUGGAAGUUCCGAAGGAUCAAAUCGCCACUCUUCUCGAAAAUGGACUCUACAACUCCGCCCAGAUCCUCGGUUGUUUUCUUGUUUCUUCACCUGCUGCAAAUGCUGAAUCUUCUCCUCACCUCAAAAUUGAAAGCUUGGUGCUACUUGGUGAUUCAUUCUACCGCGAAAGAGAGUACCGUAGAGCCAUUCACACAUAUAAACAAGCUUUACAGUACUACAAGAUGAUUCCCAAACAGAGCAUGUCAUCUGCUCGGAGUUCAUUAUCGUCAAAUAGGUCUUCUUCUCCGAAUUCCUGCAAUACAUCAGUAAUCAAUGAAAAUGAGGUGAAGUUCAAAAUUGCAUCAUGUCAUUGUUUUCUAAAUGAGAACAAAGCAGCUCUAGUUGAGAUGGAAGGAAUUCCAAGCAAAGCUAGAAAUUUGCCGAUGAAUUUGUUAUUAGGAAAGCUAUAUCGAAUUUCUAGACAUAGUCGAGCUGCUGUUGCUAUUUACAAAGAAUGCCUAAGACAUUGCCCUUUUAUACUUGAGGCUAUCACCGCUUUAUCAGAAAUGGGAUCUACUGCAAAAGACAUCAUUUCAUUGUUUCCGCAGACUCCAAAUAGAAGUGUGAGGGCUCCAUUUGAUCCUACUGACUCAAGUCGUUGGCUUCAACGCUACGUUGAAGCUCAGUGUUGCAUCUCAUCAAAUGAUUACAAAGGUGGCUUGGAACUAUUUGCUGAUCUUUUGCAGCGUUUCCCUAAUAAUACACACUUAAUACUUGAGAUUGCAAAGGUUGAAGCUAUUAUUGGAAAGAAUGAAGAGGCCAUUACGAAUUUUGAAAAGGCUCGAUCAAUUGAUCCAUACAUCAUAACAUAUAUGGAUGAGUAUGCAAUGCUUCUAAAGCUAAAGUCUGAUUAUUCUAAGCUGAACAAGUUAGUGCAUGAUUUGUUGAAUAUUGAUCCUGCAAGACCAGAGGUUUUUGUGGCUCUAUCUGUUUUAUGGGAAAGGAAAGAUGAGAAAAGGGCAUUAUCGUAUGCUGAACAGAGUAUUCGAAUUGACGAGAGGCAUAUACCAGGGUACAUAGUGAAGGGAAAUUUAUUAUUGACAAUGAAACGGCCGGAAGCAGCCGUGUCUGCCUUUAGAGGAGCCCAAGAAUUGAGACCUGAUAUACGCACAUACCAAGGUUUGGUUCAUACAUAUUUGGCGCUUUUUAAGAUCAAAGAGGCUUUAUAUGCUUCUAGAGAGGCAAUGAAAGCGAUGCCUCAAUCUGCAAAGGCUUUAAAAUUAGUAGGUGAUGUGCAUGCCAGUAAUUCUGGUGGGAGAGAAAAGGCGAAAAAGUUCUAUGAGUCUGCGUUAAGGCUGGAACCUGGUUACCUUGGUGCUGCACUAGCUUUGGCUGAGCUCCAUGUUAUCGAGGGUCGAAAUGGAGAUGCCGUGUCGCUGCUUGAGCGAUAUCUUAAAGACUGGGCUGAUGACUCUCUUCAUGUGAAAUUAGCACAAGUUUUUGCUGCCACAAAUAUGCUGUCGGAAGCUUUGUCGCAUUAUCAGGCUGCAUUAAGGUUAAACCCCCAGAAUGAAGCAGCAAAACGGGGUUUAGAGCGUUUAGAGAAGCAAAUGAAGGGUGUAGAUCCUGAUGCACCUGAAGAAGAUGAAGACAAUGAUGUUGAAGAUGGUGAUGGAGAUCAAGACGAGACUGAACUUCUAUGAGUAUCGGUAUCCAAACGAAGGGAAAAGUACCCUUGGAAAUAGUAUAUAUUGUUUUGAGAUGGCCUUAGCAGUAGGGUGAAAUGAGAAUUACCUUGGUGGCCUAUGAGGAAGGUUUUCACUGUCUUAGCAAGAGUUCACAUCUAAAAACAAGGAAUUUAAUUAUCGACAACUGUUGCAUCUGGUGACCGUAUUAACAUGGAAUGCAUGGAUUAGAUGCUGCAAUUCUCAUUUAUUGAGUGAGUGGUUUGGUUGGACUAUGGUCAGAAUGUUGGAAGUUCAAGCUGGCGAGUUCAAAUAUGUAUUAUUAAGCUCAAGCUGGAGGCUGUGUUAUCUCUAUUGUAAGAUUAUUUCUGUGCUCCUGGUUAUAUAUUUGUAAGAUAUAUGUUAACCAAUGUUUGGUCACAAGUUCAGAUGCAGUGUAAAAUUACAAUUUUUGUUUCUCUAGUCUUGUAAAACAAUUGCUUACUUUAAUUGUUUUCAUCACGAGUCAAAUUACGAUUCUUGUUUUGAUUAAGAGCCAAUUAAGAUUCUAUCCAUA